AAAAGAGUGCCUGAGAGUGCCAGAGGCUUGGUGGAAGGGCAGAUGAGAGAAGAGGAGGCAUUGUAUUGGCCACUGGGACAACUGCAGACUCACUCUUACCUGUAAAGAAGCGGUUAAUGUUGGGGAAUGUAGUCAGGAUUGGAAAACCACAGGGAUUUCUGCACAUUAUAAUUGAGAAUGUAAAUAUUCUUAAAGUGGCACCCUGAAAGAGACAAGCAUUGAAACCAGACAAAAUAAAUUGGGUCAUAAACAGAAUGAAACAUCUUAAAGGAGAUGGCAUGUGGAGGCCUGCUGGGAAGUAGAGGCAAACUCCAGAUGCCUAGGACACUUAGUCUAAGGUGGGGUCAUCCAACCCACAGAAAUAAAUAUGGGCAGUGGCCCAAGACUUCCUAUAAUGAGCUGCACCUGUUUUAAGUCUUGUGUUCUUACCUAUAGAAUCACGAACCUUACUACCAUCCUGCAAGUGCAAAUAGAAAGAUUCCUGUUGUGAUGCCAUGAGUUAUUAUCUGCUGGUUAUAUUCUAUUCUAUUGGAAUGGCUACACUCAAUUGGAUAUUGCUGUCUAUAUUGUUGAAGCACCUCAAACAGGGGUGCAUGGUUAUUUGUUAAUUUGCUUAAUUAAGACAUGUUCAUCCACAUUUUAUAGUUUCAUUUAUUUAAAGAUCCAUUUGGUCCCCAGCCCCAGUGCAUGUUUCUCUGCUUCAUCUCCCCAUAUUUCCAUGUUCUUGCUGAUGUUUGUACCAUAUCCUGACACCCAGCAUCAUCUUUGUGUUGUUCACCAAGGCCGUGGGAACAGAGUCUGUAAAUCAAUAGUUCAUCACGGAGUACAGAUUUAGUGAAAAGAAAUUGGAUUGGAAGAAAGUCUCCUAGUGAACACGCUAGUAUCCAGAGUCUGGAUUGUAUCAGAAUCCAUCACAGUAGAAGAGAAUGUAGUUUUGAGUAAUUUCCAAGCAUAGUAUGUAUAUUUUCCUCUGAAAAUCUUUGUGAAUUGAAGGAAAGUGACAUUUUUAUACCAAGCAAUUUGUUUGAUAACCUAUUUUCAGAUUUCUACAAAUAAUAAAAUUUCUGAUUUUAAAUAUGUUUUACAAAUACAAGUUGGUUUUCUUUUCAUUGUAAGCCUUAUUGUGAUUUCAGAAGAAUUUUUAACAUUUGCUAAAUGAAUAAUCUUAUUUAAACAUGGAAGUAACAUCCUAAUCCUUUCUUGGAUGGACUCUGUAUCUAUUGUAAUUAAGACUUUAAAAAUGGUAUAUACAUAUGGGGAAAAAUAGGAGAGGAAACAGGAAAAUUAAAUCAAGUGAUGGGUUUGAGGAAUUUAUAAGUAUUUGACCGUACUCAAAAUGUGCAAGGAAGAAUAAUGGAAGCCCCUGAAUACCUUGAUUUGGAUGAAAUUGACUUUAGUGAUGACAUAUCCGACGAUAGGAGUCCAGGGAACAGGCUACAAAAGCUUGGAUUGGAGGACACAGACAGGGAAGAUGCAUUGGGCUUUGGUUCCCAUAGGGCCAAACUGACAGUAGUUGCUGCCCUGGGAGCUUGCCAUUGUCCUGAGAAUGAGUAUUCAGUCACAUCACUCAAGACGAUCCCAGAACUGUGCCGAAGAUGUGAUACGCAAAACGAAGACAGAUCAGUUUCUAGCUCUAGCUGGAAUUGUGGCAUCUCAACUCUUAUUACAAACACGCAAAAGCCCACAGGAAUCGCUGACGUGUACAGUAAGUUCCGCCCAGUGAAGCGGGUUUCGCCACUGAAACAUCAGCCAGAGACUCUGGAGAACAAUGAAAGUGAUGAUCAAAAGAACCAGAAAGUGGUUGAGUACCAGAAAGGGGAUGAGUCUGACCUGGGCCCCCAGCCUCAGGAGCUCGGCCCUGGAAAUGGAGUGGGCGGCCCAACGGGUAAGAGCUCUGAGCCCAGCACAUCACUGGGUGAACUGGAGCACUACGACCUCGACAUGGAUGAGAUUCUGGAUGUGCCUUAUAUUAAAUCCAGUCAGCAGCUUGCUUCUUUUACCAAGGUGACUUCAGAAAAAAGAAUUUUGGGCUUAUGCACAACCAUCAAUGGCCUUUCUGGCAAAGCCUGCUCUACAGGAAGUUCUGAGAGCUCAUCAUCCAACAUGGCGCCAUUUAGUGUUCUUUCUCCCGUGAAAAGCCCUCACUUGAGAAAAGCAUCAGCUGUCAUCCACGACCAGCACAAGCUGUCCACUGAAGAAACUGAGAUCUCACCUCCUCUGGUUAAAUGUGGCUCUGCAUAUGAGCCUGAAAACCAGAGUAAAGACUUCCUAAACAAGACAUUUAGUGAUCCUCAUGGUCGAAAAGUUGAGAAGACAAUACCAGACUGCCAGCUCAGGGCCUUCCACCUGCAAUCCUCAGCAGCAGAAUCCAAACCAGAAGAGCAGGUCAGUGGCCUGAACUGGACCAGCUCCCAAGGCCCAGAAGAAAGGAGUGAGUAUCUGAAAAAAGUGAAAAGCAUCUUGAACAUUGUUAAAGAAGGACAGAUCUCUCUCCUGCCACACCUAGCUGCAGACAAUCUAGACAAAAUUCACGACGAAAAUGGAAACAAUCUAUUACAUAUUGCGGCGUCACAGGGACACGCAGAGUGUCUACAGCACCUCACUUCUUUGAUGGGAGAAGACUGCCUCAAUGAGCGCAACACUGAGAAGUUGACUCCAGCAGGCCUGGCCAUUAAGAAUGGUCAGUUGGAGUGCGUACGCUGGAUGGUGAGCGAAACAGAAGCCAUUGCAGAACUGAGUUGUUCUAAGGAUUUUCCAAGCCUUAUUCAUUACGCAGGUUGCUAUGGCCAGGAAAAGAUUCUUCUAUGGCUUCUUCAGUUUAUGCAAGAACAGGGCAUCUCGUUGGAUGAAGUAGACCAGGAUGGCAACAGCGCCGUUCACAUAGCCUCACAGCAUGGCUACCUUGGAUGCAUACAGACCUUGGUUGAAUAUGGAGCAAAUGUCACCAUGCAGAACCACGCUGGGGAAAAGCCCUCCCAGAGCGCCGAGCGGCAGGGGCACACCCUGUGCUCCAGGUACCUGGUGGUGGUGGAGACCUGCAUGUCGCUGGCCUCUCAGGUGGUGAAGUUAACCAAGCAGCUAAAGGAACAAACAGUAGAACGUGUCACGCUGCAGAACCAACUCCAACAAUUUCUAGAAGCCCAGAAAUCAGAGGGCAAGUCACUCCCUUCUUCACCCAGUUCACCAUCCUCACCUGCCUCCAGAAAGCCCCAGUGGAAAUCUCCAGAUGCAGAUGAUGAUUCUGUAGCCAAAAGCAAGCCGGGAGUCCAAGAGGGGAUUCAGGUUCUUGGAAGCCUAUCAGCCUCCAGCCGGGCUAGACCCAAAGCACAAGACGAAGAUUCUGAUAAAAUCUUACGCCAGUUAUUGGGAAAGGAAAUCUCAGAAAAUGUCUGCACCCAGGAAAAACUGUCCUUGGAAUUCCAGGAUGCUCAGGCUUCCUCUAGAAAUUCGAAAAAGAUCCCACUGGAGAAGAGGGAACUGAAGUUAGCCAGGCUGAGACAGCUGAUGCAGAGGUCACUGAGUGAGUCUGACACGGACUCCAACAACUCUGAGGACCCCAAGAAUACCCCAGUGAGGAAGGCUGACCGACCAAGGCCACAGCCCAUCGUAGAAAGUGUAGAGAGUAUGGACAGCGCAGAAAGCCUGCACCUGAUGAUCAAGAAACACACCUUGGCAUCAGGGGGACGCAGGUUUCCUUUCAGCCUCAAGGCCUCCAAAUCCCUGGAUGGCCAUAGCCCAUCUCCCACCUCAGAGAGCAGCGAACCAGACUUAGAAUCCCAGUAUCCAGGCUCAGGGAGUAUUCCUCCAAACCAGCCCUCUGGUGACCCUCCACAGCCCAGCCCUGACAGCACUGCUGCCCAGAAAGUUGCCACAAGUCCCAAGAGCGCCCUCAAGUCUCCAUCUUCCAAGCGCAGGACAUCUCAGAACUUAAAACUGAGAGUUACCUUUGAGGAGCCUGUGGUACAGAUGGAGCAGCCUAGCCUUGAACUGAAUGGAGAAAAAGACAAAGAUAAGGGCAGGACUCUCCAGCGGACUUCCACAAGUAACGAAUCAGGGGAUCAACUGAAAAGGCCUUUUGGAGCCUUUCGAUCGAUCAUGGAGACACUAAGUGGCAACCAAAACAAUAAUAAUAACUACCAGGCAGCCAACCAGCUGAAAACCUCUACGUUGCCCUUGACCUCACUUGGGAGGAAGACAACAGAUGCCAAGGGAAACCCUGCCAGCUCCGCUAGCAAAGGAAAGAAUAAGGCAGAAAUGUACAGCAGCUGCAUCAAUCUUUCCUCUAACAUGCUGAUUGAAGAGCAUCUGCGUAACGACGCACGGCAUAAUGACAUCAAUAGAAAAAUGAAGAAAUCCUACAGCAUAAAGCACAUUGCUGAGCCAGAGUCAAAAGAACUCUUCUUGUAAAUCACUUUUUAAAUUUUCUCUCACUGAUGCCCUUUGGAAAUUAUUGGAAAUUUCUGGACUAUCCUCUAUGGAAAGAGAACCGUGAAAACAAUGCCUCACCAGCAGAAGAACAGAAUAUCAGGAUGCCUUAAAUUCAUAGUAGUAGACUGUAAAAGAUUCAUUUUGGGGUGAUAUCUGUAUAUAUAACUUGUUUUUCUUAAAGAUGCUGUUUAAAAGCAUGAUUGGGAAAAGGUAUGUUUUUUAAGAGUAGAUUGAUUCACCCUACCCACAGGACAUUCACCAAGCCACUGAUGCCAUUUUAUAUUUCAUCAAUUGCAUGAGUAUUUGCUAAUGUUGAUUGAACCUCCCUUUCCCCAUAACGUGGGCAGAUUUGGCUCAGCUCUUUCAUGAGAUCAGGUCGGUGGUAUUGUUUUCUGUCAAGAGUGUUUUUUCUGUCAUUUCUACUUUUUGUAUAAAGGAAAUAAAACAAUGUUAACAGCCA